AUACAAUAGCAUCUGCAUUCAAAAUGACGAUAGAACACCUCACAACCCCACCAGGCAAGACGGACCUAGCAUACGUCCUACCCUGCUUCACCGGCGAGCUAUGGACCAUCCCCACCUCAAAUAGCACCAUGCGUCUACUCGUCACAGGCAAAGAAACAGACAACGCCUUCGCCGUUGUAGGGACAGGUGGUACAUACGAUAAACCCAUCGGCUUCCACUACCACCGCGAAGCCCACGACGUCUUCCUCUGCCUCAAAGGCAAGAUCAACGUCUGGGCCAACGACCAAGCCAGGAGUCUCGGCCCGGGAGACUUUGCUUCGGUUCCUCCUGGUACGAUCCAUCAAUACCAAAUCGACAGCGCGCACACCGAGUUCAUCGGCCUGAUCAUCCCCGGCGGCUGGGAAGAAUUCUUCCGCUUCAUCGGCGAGCCGUACGCGGGACCGCUCUUCCCCACCAACGACCGGCGCGACCCCUUCGAGGUCCUGAUCCCGAAACUCAUGGCCGCGACCGAGAAAUUCGACAUGAUCCCCGUCCGCGAGAAAGCGCAGUUCGAUCCGCAGCCCUGGGACGGGACUGAGACGCGUCUGCCGGGGAAGUGCGAGACUGGAGGCUACUUUUUGAGGGUGGGGGCGGGCGAGAAGUUUGUGGUGGGGGGGACGGUUGUGAGGGCCUUGGCGAGGAGGGAGGAGACGGGUGGGAGGUUUUCGAUUUAUGAGGUGGGUGCGAGUGAGAUUCAUAGGGGGAAGGGGGUCGGUAGGAAGUUGGAGUUUAGGGAUACGCAUCAUGCUAUUUAUACGGUGGAGGGGGUGCUUAGGUUGAGUAUUGAUGGGAGUGAGGUUAGUACGACGGCGGGGGAGACGACCUUUGUACCGGCGGGUACGAAGUGGAGUUUUGAGGCUGGGAGUGGGUAUGCAAGGGCGUAUGUUUUUGCGAAUGGUGGUGGCAUUGGUGAGGUGUUGACGAGUGUGGGGAGUAAGUAUGAGUUUCCGGGUGUGCCGGCGGAGGCGGAGAGUUGGGAUGAGAGUAAAUUGAAGGGAUUGGAGACUGAGUUGAAGUAUGUUGUUAUAUAGGUAGAAGAAGAAAAUGUAUCUCUGUAUCGUUGCC